AUGCCCCCGAAUCACCAGAUAAAGCGCGAUAAAGAAAAGGAAAGCCGCUCGAGUGCCGUCAUGUCUCCGAAUGCCCCGAAUGGAGUCGAAGGGCUCAAACCAGGAUCCCACUCUCCACAUCGUCCGCGACACCAAAUCACCCGCUCCAUCACCGAAUUGCCGUCUUCGCUCCAUCUGCAUCGCCAUCGAUCAUCCCGCGACCGCCACGGGAAGGAGAAAGAGAAAGACAAGGAAAAGCACAAGGACAUGAACAAGGCCAGGGACCGAGAAAGGGAGCGCGAAAAGGGGAAGGACCGCGAUGGAUUGAAUCUCGAUAUACAGAGUGCAAUAACGACACUGCAAUCCACCGCCCGAGGUCGCUUCUCUUUCGAAGGCUUCGGCAUGUCGACGCCGAACAACCUGACUCCUAAUGCGAGCAGAAGAGCCAGCAUUCUCAAUGCGAGCCCGUCCGCUGAUGACAGCGUCCCCUCGGUAGCCACGGCGGUACUUACGAACACUAUACCGGGUGGAAGGGUCCUGCUAAAAGAGGAUGAAAUCGCCAAGGAGCGCCAAAAGGCCAUUGCACGGGAAAAUGGCCUGAAAAAGUCUCUCGAGGACCUCGAACAAUUCUCAAACAACACGACCCGCCAACUCGACGAUACCUACUACUCCGUCCUCGAGAAACUCUGCGUCCUCCAGAGCACCAUCCUCGCGCUCAAGGAGGUGGCCGUCGCCUCCCAAGACAUGACCUCGCAUUUUACCAUGGAAGCCGACGAGCUCGUGACCGAAGUCAGCUCCCAGCUCGACGCUUUCGGCCAGUUCGAAGACCACCAGAAGCGUAUCGAGCAACUGCAGGACCGCGUCUACGUCGGCCGCGGCCGGAUCAAGUCCCUUAGCGAGCGGGUUGACCUGGUCCGCGAGCGGAUCGAGAGCUGGGAGCGCGCCGACCGAGAGUGGCAGGAGCGCACCCGCAGACGGCUCAAGGCGUUCUGGGUGCUGACUUCGGGUGUCAUCUUCCUCGUGCUGUUGAUCUUUGUCGGGUCGCAGUUUGCGCCGGAGAAUUCGGCGGCUACGGUGGAAGGGGCGGUGAUGGCGGCCAACAAGCUUGCUAAUGACUCUUUGAACACGCUUAAGAACGUGACUCUGGUUGGCACUGGAGAGCUGUUGGGGCAGGGGCCGAGGUUGAAAGAUACCGGGGGAGAACAACGACAAGAGAAAGGAGACGACGAACAAGAAAUGGAUUCACCUGGAGGUUCGGCAACGGUGGUAGCAGAGGCGUCAGAUGGGGAAGCUUCAUCAGCGUGGAUAUCUCCAGCAACGUUAGCAGCUGAUAAGCUCAGAGCCUUUGACGAGUUGUAG